AUGGAAAUUCCACGCGCGGUAGUUUUUACCGUAACGAUACGGCCAGUACAGGUUUUUAAAAAUUUAAAAUUCGAGGAAAAACGCGCGUUAUUGGAAACGAAACAUAUUACGUUUUUAAACAACCCGUUACCGGAUAAAUUACCGGGAUUUAACGGUCCUAUAUUUGUGGAGGAGUUUUAUAACGGCGGUUAA